CCGCGCGGAGCCCAGAUUGUCCUGAACACCAGAUGUCUGACAGCUUUUCUUGCAACAUUAGCCAUCAUUUUUCACUGCCUCCAAUAUAUCAAAAUUGCUCCAGAAAUUGGAGACAUAUUUGAUAUAAAAGGAAAAAAAAACCUGAACAAAUGGACAAUAUGUCGAUUACGAAUACACCAACAAGUAAUGAUGCCUGUCUGAGCAUUGUCCAUAAUUUAAUGUGCCACAGACAAGGUGGAGAAAGUGAGACAUUUGCCAAAAGAGCGAUUGAAAGUCUGGUAAAGAAGCUGAAGGAGAAGAAAGAUGAACUGGAUUCUUUAAUAACAGCUCUAACUACCAAUGGAGCUCAUCCUAGCAAAUGUGUCACCAUACAAAGGACAUUGGAUGGUAGACUUCAGGUGGCUGGUCGGAAAGGAUUUCCUCAUGUGAUCUAUGCUCGUCUGUGGAGGUGGCCUGAUCUACAUAAAAAUGAACUAAAACAUGUUAAAUAUUGUCAGUAUGCAUUUGACUUAAAAUGUGAUAGUGUCUGUGUUAAUCCAUAUCACUAUGAACGAGUUGUUUCUCCUGGAAUUGAUCUCUCAGGAUUAACACUGCAGAGUAACGCCCCACCAAGUAUGUUGGUAAAGGAUGAAUAUGUUCAUGACUUUGAGGGACAGCCCUCGUUACCUACUGAAGGACAUUGAAUUCAAACCAUCCAGCACCCACCGAGUAAUCGUGCCUCCACGGAGACAUACAGCACCCCAGCUCUGUUAGCCCCAUCUGAAUCGAAUGCUUCCAGCACCACCAACUUUCCCAACGUUCCUGUGGCUUCCACGAGUCAGCCUGCUAGUAUUCUAGCGGGCAGCCAUAGUGAAGGACUGUGGCAGAUAGCUUCAGAGCCUCAGCCAGGACAGCAGCAGAAUGGAUUCACUGGUCAGCCAGCCACGUACCAUCACAACAGCACUACCACCUGGACUGGAAGUAGGACUGCACCAUACACACCUAAUUUGCCUCACCACCAAAACGGCCACCUUCAGCACCACCCGCCUAUGCCGCCCCAUCCCGGACAUUACUGGCCAGUUCACAAUGAGCUUGCAUUCCAGCCUCCCAUUUCCAAUCAUCCUGCUCCUGAGUAUUGGUGUUCCAUUGCUUACUUUGAAAUGGAUGUUCAGGUAGGAGAGACAUUUAAGGUUCCUUCAAGCUGCCCUAUUGUAACUGUUGAUGGAUACGUGGAUCCUUCUGGAGGAGAUCGCUUUUGCUUGGGUCAACUCUCCAAUGUCCACAGAACAGAAGCCAUUGAAAGAGCAAGGUUGCACAUAGGCAAACGUGUGCAGCUGGAAUGUAAAGGUGAAGGUGACGUUUGGGUCAGGUGCCUUAGCGACCAUGCAGUCUUUGUACAGAGUUACUACUUAGACAGAGAAGCUGGACGUGCACCUGGAGAUGCUGUUCAUAAGAUCUACCCAAGUGCAUAUAUAAAGGUCUUUGAUUUGCGUCAGUGUCAUCGGCAGAUGCAGCAGCAGGCAGCCACUGCGCAAGCUGCAGCUGCUGCACAGGCAGCGGCAGUGGCAGGAAACAUCCCUGGUCCCGGAUCAGUAGGUGGAAUAGCGCCAGCUAUCAGUCUGUCAGCUGCGGCCGGCAUUGGUGUUGACGAUCUCCGUCGCUUGUGCAUACUCAGGAUGAGCUUUGUGAAAGGCUGGGGACCGGAUUACCCAAGACAGAGUAUCAAAGAAACGCCAUGCUGGAUUGAGAUUCACUUACAUCGAGCCCUCCAGCUCCUAGAUGAAGUACUUCACACCAUGCCUAUUGCAGACCCACAACCUUUAGACUGAGGUCUUUCACCGUGGGACCCUAGCCAUUUUUAGGAUGGUGGACUAUGAAAUAUAGUCCUGUUUAUUAUCUGAAGAUGGAAUUCAUUUUUGUUCUGCUGUAUCUUUUCAUAAAGGGUUGAAAAUGUGUUUGCUGCCUUGCUCCUAGCAGACAGAAACUGGAUUCAAACAUUUUUUUUUUUCCUAUUUUAAAACUUUUCAGGCAUGGCUCAGAGCUUGAAGGUCAGGAAGAACUGAUUGUUACUAAGUCUUUACCAGUUAUUUAUGAAGGAGUCAUUCCACUGCUGGAAAAUUUAGCCCUUUAAAAUGUCCUAGAGCUUUUUCUAUGCAGAACAUCAGCAUGUGUGUUAUUCUACAGAAUAAAUUCAAUAUUGCUGAUUUUGAAGGCAGAGAAGUUCUCAAAGUUAAUUCACCUGUGUUACUUUGUGUGCAAGUUAUUGUUGAACAUACUUUACUUCAAAAUACUGUGCCAUGUGGGUGAGUUAAUUUACUAAGA